AUGGCUGACCAGCAAAUCCCUCGGGAAGGCUCGGAUACGUCCUUGCCCACAUCUGUCAGCUCUAACAAUGGUGCCAACAUCGCAUCGCCUCGAUCCAGCACUGAGUCCCGUUCCUCCAAUCGCAAUUCACUCCGCGUCGGCCACAUGCCUCCUGCAAACCAUCAGCAUCGUCAAAGCUUGACCUUAUCGAUAACCCCCCCGCCGCCAAAGAAUGUCGAUCCAGCCUUUGUUGAUCGCGACUGGAGAGAGAUCUCCAUCGGAGAGCUAAUCUCUCCCGAUGAGUUGCGAUUCGUUGAGAUGGACACAGGAAUUGAAGAAGCUACAAAUUUGUUGAUCGAUUCCGGCGCUGCAGUAUUGUUGAUCCGUGAAAGUCCUCAAGACAAAUCAGCGGUAGCUACGUUUGACUACUCAGAUCUGAAUGCAUACCUUCUCCUUGCGGCCGGACUGGCCUUCCCGCCAGAGGCACAUCGCGCAUCGUAUGAUGAGAUUGCGAGGAAAGCGCAGGAAGGGGAGAAGAUCCCACUCCGAGAUGUGAAAGGAUUAGGUGUGGAGAAGGAGCCAUUGAUUACAUUACCAGCAUCGGCGAAUGUUUUAACAGCUGUCGAAACAUUUGGAGGGGGUGUCCAUCGCGUGGUGGUCACGAAAGAGUCGCAAGAUAACGAGGUAGUUGGCAUUUUCAGUCAAUUUCGACUCGUGAAAUUCCUGUGGGAGAAUGGACGCAGUUUUCCCGUUAUUGAGGAGCUUUAUCCUCAGUCACUACGGGAUUUGCGAAUUGGAUCGCAGAAUGUCAUAUCUAUCAACGGUGAUAAACCUCUCAGUGAAGCUCUUCAAGUCAUGAACAGUGAGGGCGUAUCUUCCCUUGUCGUUGUCGAUAAUCAUUUCAAUGUCAUUGGCAACAUUUCUACUACAGACGUCAAGCUCCUGACUCGGUCUUCUUCUCUGCCACUUCUCCACAAUACCUGCACCCACUUCAUUUCUGUUAUUUUAUCUACACGAGGUCUGAUAGAAGGGAAAGAUUCCUUCCCGGUGUUCCAUGUAAACCCAGGCUCGACUUUAGCCCACACAGUUGCAAAGAUUGCUGCGACUCGAUCACAUCGUCUCUGGGUUACCGACCCGGCAUCUCCAUCUUCAUCAGGCCCGCCGACCCCCUCCCAUUCCGCCGUUCAUAUCCCUCUAGCGACACCACCACUGGGAGCUCUUCCGACAGCUACUUCUGCUAUAUCCCCUCCACCAUCUCCACUGCCUCAAUCUGCAGGCUAUGCUCCAUCACCUCCUAGCUACACCACACCUCACCAUCCCACGCCUCCUCAGCCCCCAUACCCACAUUCACCAACCCCUGGUAUCAAUACCACUCUAGCUCCAUCCAUUCCUGCCUCGGCAUUACCUGGAGCUCGCCUAUCGGGUAAAUUGGUUGGUGUUGUCAGCCUUACUGAUAUACUGAAUCUACAUGCUCGCGCAAGUGGUCUCAGUCCUGCAGAUCCCGCUGAAUCCCGCCGUCGACGACGCAGCAGCUCGACCUCGAGUAUGAAUGUUCCUCGCAGCGGCGAAAUUGGUCGAGAGCUUUUUAGUCGUGGAGUCUAA